GCGGAAUCAGUAGCUUGUGUGUGCUCGAAUCGCGACUGCCUCGAUCAAAUAAAUCGGUCCAAUCUUUUUUUUUGUUCACUAAAGUCGGAAAAAUGAACCGUCGAUUCUUUCACGCCAAUGCGGCAUUGAUUAGAAAUCGUGUGUCAUCGAGUAGAAAUCGCCUACCGCGUCUAUUAAUACAGAGAUCGCACCAGAGCAUCAUGCAUGAUUUCUUGAGUUAUGGCCAUAGUCGCCCGGAUUCCUACACCAAUAACGGGGUUCGUCCUGACGCUCUAUCACGAUUGCUUUAUUACAUUUAUUACAGGAAUAGGGCCUCGGCCUCCCUUUUGGCAUUUGGAGUAAUAAUGCUUACAGCAAUUUUUGUAUACAUGCUAAACUGUACAGGACUCGUCAGUAGGCACGGCAGCCGACUCAGUAACCAUUGGGUGCGAAUUGCAUGAAGACGUCUGGAUGUAUAUUUUAAACGUAUUAUAAGUAAGAAGAUCGCCACGUUUAGCAAGAGUGGCGAAGAGAGCGACGCAAUGUGUAGGCACGCGAGGCGUCGCGAUUUUUUCUAUUGUUUUUAUUGAUUGAUGACCGAUUUUUUGUGUAAAACUAGUGAACUCCUUUGUAUGACUUUUACCUUUAGAUAUUUCAACUCGAUAACAUGGAACGCGCGUGUACAAAUUUUGUACUAAAAAAAAAUUAUAAUACGUUAUAAUAUGAGUUUGAUCCAUUAUAAUAUAUACAUGCAUAUAUAGUAUGAGGAUUUCAAAUUUUCAUCGAUUAUGUACGUAUUAGGAAUGCACCAAAUACGUUUUGCCAAGCACCUGUAGCAGGUUGUAUUUAACGUACAUAUAAUAAAACGGAAUGGUUAUUGCAAUUUGA